AUGAAAGAACCACAGCGACGUCUACGAUAUAAUGUUGCCAUAUCACUCGAUGGCUUCAUCGCCCCCCCAGAUGGAUCAACCGAUUGGAUCGUGCAAGACGACAAUAUCGAUUUCGAAGCACUCUAUGCCCAAUUCGACACCUUCGUCAUGGGCCGGAAGACAUAUCAGUGCAUGUUCGCCAUGGGCGAGCAGAACCCGCUGCGAAGAUAUCCAAAACAAAACCUGGUCGUUGUGAGCAGGACGCUCAGAAGCGAGGAUCACCCUCUUGUCACUGUCAUAUCACAAAAUUUCACCAGCUAUGUGGCAGAUCUCAAGAUUGCCGAGGGCCGGGACAUCUGGCUCAUGGGCGGCGGCCAACUGGCGGGGCCAUGUCUGGAUGCAGGAAUCCUAGAUUCCGUUGAGACGGCCAUCAUGCCCGUGAUGCUCAGGAAAGGGACCAGGAUGUUGCCGGACUCGGCGCUUACGCCGCUCGGAGGUUUCAAGCUGGAGUUGGUGGACUGCAAAAAGUUGGAUAUGAGCGGCAUUGUCAACUGCAAGUACAACGUCAGCAGAGGAAUGGCUGCGUCUUUGGGUGAAGCAUUGUCAUUCUGUUGA